AUGCCCGGAGGUCGUGAGAUGCCGGACGAUUUUGAAUUCGAACUGGUAGAUCCUGGUCGCCGCUUCUACAACGCAUUUUCGGUCUUGCUCGACGUGAAGCCGUGGGGCGACGAGACCGACAUGGCCAAGCUCGAGGAGGCCGUGCGUGGCGUGGCCAUGGAGGGACUCACCUGGGGCGCAUCCAAGCUCCUUACCGUCGGGUACGGGAUUAAGAAGAUGCAGAUCAUGCUCACCGUCGUCGACGACCUCGUCUCCGUCGACAGCCUCAUCGAGGACCACCUCUGCGCCGAGCCGCUCGACGAGUACGUGCAGAGCGCCGACAUUGUCAGCUUCAACAAGAUUUGUUGGUUCAACCCGUAG